AUGAGGAAUCAUACAGCAGUAACAACAUUCAUCCUGCUGGGAUUAAAUGACCCAGAACUACAAGUUCUGCUCUUUCUAUUUCUGUUCCUCACCUGCAUGUUGAGUGUGGCUGGGAACCUCAUCAUUAUCACCCUGACACUUUUGGAUUCCCAUCUUCAAACUCCCAUGUAUUUUUUCCUCCGAAAUGCCUCUUUCUUAGAAGUCUCAUUCACCACGGUCUGUAUUCCCAGAUUCCUGUAUACUCUGACAACUGGAGACAAUACUGUUACCUAUAAUGCUUGUGCCACCCAAUUCUUUUUUGUUGUCCUCUUUGGAGCAACCGAAUUUUUUCUCCUGGCCGCCGUGUCCUAUGACCGCUACGUGGCCAUCUGUGAGCCCCUGCACGACAUGACCACCGUGAACAGCAGGGUCUGCACGACACCCGUUCUGUGCUGUUGGUUUGCGGGCCUGUUGAUUGUCCUCCCGCCUCUGGGCGUGGGCCUCUGGCUGGAAUUCUGUGACUCGAAUGUGACUGAUCGUUCUGGCUGUGAUGCAUCAUCACAGAUAACCUGCUCAGACACUGUGCUGAUAGAGAGAACGGUCUUGAGUUUGGCGGUGCUGACACUCAUUACGACCUUAGUGUGCGUAGUCCUCUUCUACACAUACAUCAUCAGGACCAUUCUAAGAUUCCCUUCUGCCCAACAAAGGAAAAAGGCCUUUUCCACCGGCUCCUCCCACAUGACUGUGGUUUCCAUCACCUACGGCAGCUGCAUCUUCAUCUACAUCAAACCUUCCGCAAAGGAAGGAGUGGCCAUAAACAAAGUGGUGUCUGUGCUCACCGCUUCAGUUGCCCCUUUGCUGAAUCCAUUCAUUUAUACCCUUCGAAACAAACAAGGGAAAGAAACCUUCAAAGACACAGUAAAAUGGAUUGUGUUUCUCACAAAGAGGUAAGACACUAUUGCUGUUUUUUGAGACUGACUUAAAAUUAAACCUGAAUAA